AUGAAUUCGGAGCCGACUAUAGCAGAAACAGCUGGUAUCUGUUUCAAUGUAUUCCAGCAAUGUCUGGAGAAGUCGGCCUUCAUCUCCCCGCGGGAGAUGUCGCGGGUCGAGGAUCAGUUCGCGAGAUUCUCGUUGUGGACGGCCAAUAUAGGAGUCUUUGCUUCGGGACGAGCAUCAUUAGACCACCGUCUCAGGGAGGCACAGGAAGUCCAUGAAGUGAUUACUGGGCUGUUGGAGGCAUUGGACGAUAAAAUCAAAGAGUGCACCUCUUAUUUCAAGUCAUUUAUAGAGCCUGAAGGCGAUGAUGCCCAUGAGCUUGAUCAAGAAAAGCUAGACAAGCACAUUCAAGGACUUGCAAAUCAAAUUACCCUUCUUCACCGGUUAUCGAAUACUAUUCGAAAAGCCAGCAGUGAAACACAAAAUGCGAAAGCUGCCAACACGUUCAAAAUUCUAGAUGAUGAAGGAAAUGACGUGGAACCACUGCUACAGAUCAUUUUUGCCAACUACGUGCGCGAUAAAUUCCGCAGCAUUGAUGAGAAAAUCCUACAACGACUUGUCCGCGCAAUGAUAACGCGCCGGAAACGAGUGCUAUAUAAGCGAUCACGUUUUGGGAAUAUUGCUGUCAGAGUCAAAGAGACAAAGCCUCAGCCAAAAGUGCAGGCACCUCAAACACAGCCGCAAAAUGACCCUGCUACGCAGAAAUUACCACAAGCAGGGAGGGAAGAAAACAACGCCCUUAAAGAAGGCGAGACUGGAGCAAAUUACAAAUCACAAGCUGGGGUUAGUGCAACCACCCUAGCGGUAGAUAAAUUCAAAAAAGCUUCUGCGCCUUCUGUCAUUUCUGGGACCAAAACAGUUGCUUUCGACAAUCAUGAAGAUCUCCCAUUCCCAAUCCCGCCUCUUGGUCACGUCAGACGCAGAUACAAGAAAAUGAAAAGGGCACUAGAGGAGCAACAUAAAAGUUACAUGGCCACCAUUUCAGGAAAUACCAUAGGCGCCAACGUUGAUAUAACAGUUGAUCUCCAAGUAAAGGCGGAUAUCAAAUUAUCGAGAGAGCUCAAUGAAUGUUGGGACCAAUGCCUUCGUGCCGUAGGCGAGGUGACGUGCCCAUUCUGUUUCUAUGCCAUUUCGGCAUUGGAUAUAAGCGAUGACAACAAGUGGAGAUCACACGUUCGGAAAGACCUUGAUGCCUAUGUUUGUCUGUUUGAGGAAUGUAAUGACCAAGACAAAUUGUUUGGUCAUAGCGAAGAAUGGCUACGACAUAUGCGAGACCAUGCAUUACGUUGGCCCUGUAACUCAAAAUCACACGGCACUAUAGUCUUUGACUCGCGAGACGAGUACAUAAAUCACCUGAAAGAAGCCCACAAAAAUACAUUCAGUGACGCCCAGCUACACGUCCUCGCCGAUAGAAAUGCGCGAGCGAUCGGAACACUGUUCACGUCCUGCCCAUUUUGUGGAUUUGAUGAUACGUCAACUGGUGUCAAAAUUGAGGAGCAUAUCGUGGGUCAUUUGAGGUUUCUUGCCUUGAAGUCUUUGCCACCAUUUGAAGAUGAGCGGUCGGAAAGCUCUGAUGCCGAAAGCACCAGUUCGCGGAUCUCGAAACCUCGCAAGAGAAGCACCAUCGAGAAUGACCCGGACAAAGAAGUAAAAACCGAUUUCAUGGAUAAUGGCCCAAUAGUACUUCUUGAUCAAGAUGGCGAAAGCGUCGUUAAACCAGUCUUGACUCAAAACAGACCAAGAAGGAGAAGCAUGGAAUGGGGAUUCGUUACGGAGGCUUUCGAUGAAAUGGUGAAUGCGAAUAAUGACACCGUACUACAACAUAUUGCAAUCCAGCAGGCUCACAAAUCCAAUGCUGUAUGGAAUGUAUCCCCUGAGGAGAUGGAGCAUAUUCGCAAAAAGUUUCUCCGCCCACAUUCUAUCGAUAUGCCAGAUGAGCAACUCGCACCGUUCAUCGCGAAGCACAAACGAAGAAUGUGGAUGGGAAUGCCGCAAGACGAAGGAUCUCGCGAUCCGUCAACUAUUAAAUUGUCCGGAAUUGAUGAAGAUGCGAUACGCUCUUAUCUCAUGGAGACGAGGGCUGCUGGAACAGACACAGGAAUUGUGAAUAUGCCGCAUGAUCGUCAAUAUUCGUCCCGAUCUGUAACGAAUCUCAGAUUAGAAUUGCGUGAAAAUCAAACGACAGUUACAGAGACGGACCCAGAUGAAGGAAGUUCUGUCAGGGGCAAGCAUAGUUACACCACAGACAUCACUGAGCUUUCCCCGGGGCCUCAAUAUGUGAGUCAGUAUGUGAGUAUUCCGGGAAGACGGCCAGCUAUACCGUCAGAAUCUGGAACUCGUACUACCUCUCGUUUCUUUGGGAGUCGACCGAAGCGAACUCACUCUGAAGAUCUGCCCCACAGAUGGGUUUCACCAGAUCAGGAACAUUUAAAAGAGGAUCAGAAAGAGUAUCAGAAAGAGUAUGUAACCAUUGAUGACAACACUGGCUCAACCCCUGCUUCGAUAAUUGAUAGAGGGAGGAGUUUGAAUAGAAUCCGGUCUGAAGAAGGCAAUAUUGAUCCACGGUCAGGAAUGCUCGAUUUGAGUGUCACAACGAUAGAGCCAGAGCGUCAAAGACAACCACAGAGUCCGGGAACGCAACCAAUGCCAAUAAGGUUGUUCCAAACACACGAAAACACAGCAAACAGGCCGCCGGUUGUGGGGCGAAGUGAAGUUGAUAAUAUUUCUGAAAAUCCUAUAACUGGCGAGAUCCCCAAUGCCGUGCCUCGACAGGGUGUUGCAGGAAAUUCUAUACUUGUCAACUUCGACACUUCAAGCCAGCAAACUAGAGUGUCAAAUCUCGAUGACGGUGUUUUGGAUGAUAUGAUUCAACGUCUUCUAGCUUCACCCGGAUCCUCACCCAAAACACUGUGUAUCAGCAAUGAGGAAAUAGCAACCCUGUGCGCGGUUUCUCGGGAAUUAUUUCUAUCGCAGCCCGUGUUGUUGGAACUAAAAGCCCCGAUCAAAAUCGUUGGAGAUAUACAUGGCCAGUACACCGAUCUCCUGAGAAUGUUUGAAAUGGGUGGUUUUCCACCGAAUGAGAAUUAUCUGUUCCUUGGUGACUACGUUGAUCGCGGCAAGUCAGGACUAGAGACAAUUCUUCUGCUGCUAUGUUACAAACUUAAAUACCCGGAAAAUUUCUUUCUGUUGCGAGGAAACCACGAAUGCGCCAACGUCACCCGUGUCUAUGGGUUUUAUGAUGAGUGCAAACGUCGAUGCAACAUUAAAAUGUGGAAAACCUUUAUCGAUGUCUUCAACUGUCUCCCAGUCGCGGCUAUUGUCUCAGAUAAAAUAUUCUGUGUUCAUGGCGGGCUAUCGCCGUCUCUGGCACACAUGAAUGAUGUUCGCGCUUUAGUCCGUCCGACAGAUGUACCCGACUAUGGUCUUCUCAACGAUCUACUUUGGAGUGAUCCGGCAGAGAUGGAUAAAGACUGGGACUCCAAUGAACGCGGCGUGAGUUAUAUAUUUGGUAAAAAUGUGAUUCGGGAGUUUCUGUCAAAGUUCGACUUUGAUUUGAUAUGUCGGGCUCAUAUGGUUGUUGAAGAUGGCUAUGAGUUUUUUGAGGAUCGUUUGCUUGUUACUAUAUUCACUGCGCCUAACUAUUGUGGAGAAUUCGACAAUUGGGGCGCAAUAAUGUCUGUAGCGGAAGAUCUUCUAUGCUCGUUUGAGCUACUAAAGCCCUUAUCAGCGGAGGCAAAACCUAUCAAAGCUGCAAAGUCAUUGACAGCAAAUAUACGCGACAGAUGGAAGAGAUGGACGACUCCUGCACCAAAGUGA